CUGCCUUAAACAUUGAAGUACAAGGACACGUUAAAAAGUGCCGCAAAGGGGGGGAUAUCUCCACAGACUUUUAAAGACAUGUAACUAACCUAAAUUUAAAAAAAAAAACGAGAAAGCAAACUUGCACACCAAAUGAAAGCUUACAUACAAGCUUAAAUACUCAAGGAAACCUGCCUAAAUCCUCACAAAAAUGGAGAAAGGUUGCACAUGUGUCACUGAUUUUUUCUAUUCUUCACUGUCAGGUUUUAUCUGCAAAUACGGCACAGCGGUACUCUCGUUGGUGGGUUUACCUUUGCUCUGAGGGGCAGAUACUUAGUAAAUGAGGGUGUCGGGCGGCAUAGAAGGAAACUGAAAAAAACAAUUCUGAGGGGUGGGUCGUUUACAAAGGUCCCUGAUCUGCUUCAGCCACACGAAAGAUACACACGCACCGGGAAAAUGUUCUUAGUUUGAAAAAUCGUGUGUUUAUUUUCAGGUGUUUUGAAGUAAACGCGGAAGCUUGCUUGGCGAGUUGGGAGGGGGGAGGGAAACGUAACAACAUCAACCACCAAAAGUCUGUCAGCUGUAGGUGACGGGCUGCGCGGCUCUGCGGAUCCAUCGCGGUAGCGGCUGAAGACAUGUCACCGGGCGAAAACUCCCACGUCCUCCUGGGAAGGAUCCGCUUCCUAGUCGAGUGCAUCGACUGUUUCCGAAACAGCAAGCCGCUGCCGGCCAGCCUGUGCUUCGUCCCCAAGGAAGUCUGCUACAAGAUCUGCAAGGACUCGUCCAGCGGCGCGAACGCCCCGGCCGGCGCCUCCUCCUGCAGCUCCUCGGCCGGCAAGAGCCUGGUGUCGGUGUGGGAGAGCCCGUCCCAGGCUCCGCAGAGCAAGAAGCUGUUCAAGUUCAACAUCGAGCCGAAGAAGGGCACCUGCAUCAGGACGACCGGGGAAGAGUACUGCAACAGCUACGGCCUGUGGGUCAAAUUAAACAAGGAGCAGCUGGAGGAGCACAGGCCCGGGCUGGACGUGGAGGAGGGCUGGCUCCUGGUGUGCAAGCACACCGAGGGCGGCGACAGACUGGUGCCAGUCGAGUCCCCCGAGACGGUCUGCAGGCAGCAGCAGCUCUUCGGAUACGACUACAAGCCCUGCACCAGGUGGGAGCAGGUGGUGGACGCCGAGUACAGCCUUCACCUGGGCAUCAGACCCCGGAUUGCAGAGCAGGACCCGGCCGGCGUGCAGAAGCUCAGGUACGUGCCCCCCACCUGGACGUUCGAGUGCGAUGAGGACCUGGUCCACUAUUUCUAUGACCACGUCGGCAAGGAGGACGAGAACCUGGGCAGCGUGAAGCAGAGCGUGGAGAGCAUCGACGUGUCCUCCAACUCCAUACGGGAGGACCCCACGGGGAGUGUGGAGUGCCUGACCGAUGGGGACGCUGAGACGUACUGGGAGAGCGAUGGACUGCAGGGCCAGCACUGGAUUCGCCUGCACAUGAAGAAGGGCACAGUGGUGAAAAAGCUUAUUUUGACAGUUGAUUCGACGGAUGACAACUACAUGCCCAAGAGGAUCACCGUAUUUGGAGGAGAGGGAGAUAACCUCAAGAAACUCAGUGAUGUUAAUAUCGAUGAGAACCUGAUUGGAGACGUGUGUGUGCUGGAAGACAUGAGCUCGCACCUGCCCGUGAUUGAGAUUCGGAUUGUGGAGUGCAGAGAUGAAGGGAUUGAUGUGCGGAUCAGAGGGCUGAAGAUCAAGUCGUCCCGGGAGAGGGACUUGGGCCUCAACGCCGAUAUGUUCCAGUCCCCCAACCUGGUGCGAUACCCCCGGCUGGAAGGCACGCCCCCUGACGUGCUGUACCGAAGAGCCAUCGUCAUUCAGAGGUUCAUCUCUCUGUUGGACAGUCUUCUUCCUCAUCUUGUUCCUGCGUGGGAUUAUACAUUGGGAACCUUCAACCAUCUCAAACACGUCAAGCAGUUCCUGCUGCUGUCCAAGAGGCGCUCGGCCCUCAUCACCCAGUGCCUGAAGCACUCGGAGACCAGCAAGCCCAGCUUCAUGCCCAGGCUGUACAUCAACAGGAGACUGGCCAUGGAGCACCGUGACAACCCCUCCCUGGACCCCAGCUGCAAAAACGCCGUCUUCACCCAGGUGUAUGAGGGUCUGAAACCAUCGGAUAAGUAUGAGAAAGUGCUGGAUUACAGGUGGCCAGUCCGGUAUGACCAGUGGUGGGAAUGCAAAUUCAUCUCCGAGGGCAUCAUUGACCAAGGGGGCGGGUUUCGGGACAGUCUCGCCGACAUGUCUGAGGAGCUGUGCCCGAGCUCGGCCGAGUGCCCUGUGCCCUUGCCCUUCUUCACGCGGACCUCCAACCAGGUACGCUUUUAUUCCAGGAGCUCUCCCGGGCGUGGGAGACCGCCCACCAGAAUCCGUCCCAGCCUGGCAUGUGUAUUACACGUUUUUCAUGUCCCUGCUCGUGCAGUGUGUUUACUGGACAGGAUUUUUCUAUUCGGGCAGGAGCUGACUUACACCACCCUGCUGAGCGACGGGCGCAUGGUGGAGCUGGUCUCUGGGGGCGGCAGCACCGCGGUCACGUUUGAGGACCGCAGAGAGUUCAUUCGCCUGGUGCAGAAAGCCCGGCUGGAGGAGAAUCGAGAGCAGAUCGCCGCCAUGCAGGCCGGGCUGGUGAAGGUGGUGCCCCAGGCCGUGCUGGACCUCCUGACCUGGCAGGAGCUGGAGAAGAAAGUCUGCGGAGACCCAGAGAUCACAGUGGAAGCCCUCAAACGCCUCACACGAUACGAGGAUUUGGAGCAGUCCGAUGAGCGAGUCCAGUACCUGUGGGAGGCGCUAACCAACUUCACCAACGAGGACCGCAGCCGGUUCCUGAGGUUCGUCACCGGAAGGAGUCGCCUUCCUGCUCCCAUCUACAUCUUUCCUGACAAACAAGGAACUGAAACCACAGAUGCCCUUCCACAGUCUUCCACCUGCUCCAGUACUCUGUAUCUGCCAAACUAUCCCAGCGCUAAGGUCUGCGAGGAAAAACUCCGCUAUGCUGCUUACAACUGUGUGGCGAUAGACACAGACAUGAGCCCCUGGGAGGAGUGACGAACACAAGUUAUACUGUUGCUCCACCACCUGGUUUUCUAUUCUCUUCCUGCAGCUGAUCUCGUUCAUAUGAAAUACCUACAGUGAAUGCCAAUCACAUCUGUACAUAAUGGAAAUAAAGAGGGUGAAUUAUAAGGCUG